AUGUCGGAUGCCAAUUUGAUGGCAGAAUCCUACGCAGAAGAUACCAUGCAGAAUAUCGCGACCGACGAGGAGAACAAACCAUGCUGCAAAUUCUGUGGAAAAAAGUUUGCCCAGUCCAGCUACAUCAAGGCGCAUAUGAGACUCCAUACAGGGGAAAAACCUUUCGCCUGCUCCUUCUGUCCAAAGAGAUUCAGCGAUUGUAGCAACUGGAAAAAGCAUGAGAGGAUUCAUAUCAGACAACUAGGCUUGAAUCCAGACAAGCCUUCCACUCCAAACAAGAGCCAGGUCCCGGUAGUCCAGAACUACUCCACUACAAAGUCCAAAUCCGAACACGGCAACUCGAACUUUCAGUGUAAGAUCUGCAACAAGACGUUCUCCAAUGCCAGCAGCCUGACUACUCAUCGUCGGAUCCACAGCGGGGAAAGACCGUACAGGUGUGAGACGUGUGGGAAGUCGUUCACUCAGAUCGGGACCCUGCGGACACACGAAAGAGUGCACACAGGAGAGAGACCUUACAUGUGUAAGCUAUGUGGACAGACCUUCGCCCAGAAUGGCAGUUUUCGCAUGCACGAGAGGCGUCAUAUGAUGGAGAUGCUCCACAAAUGUCCGAUUUGCCCCGUCAAAUUCUCCCAGUGGGAAGAUGCCAAAGCACACUUAGCUACGCACCCAGAAAUAGCCAGUGUUACCGACUUUAUGAAGCACCUGCCGUCCGUAACCUCAGCCGGGGAAACUGACGACGAGAAUAUGCCGCCCAUCGAGAGCUUCGCUCCACAUGUGGAGCAGCUCCAUCUGGACCAGUUUCCACCUCCGGGUUUUCCUUUUCCAUCCCAAUUAUCUCCGUUUUUGAAUCUUUCUUCUUUACAUUUUGGUGCUGCACUGGGGGAUAUGCCUACUCCUGUUGGACUUUUCACCACUCAAGGACAGCUGAUCAAAACUGAGGGACUAGGCCUGCACACCUCACGCUCCGCCCUUCAGGAUGACCUUUAUAGACAGUCUGCUGAGGUCACGACCUCUGUGGCCAAUGGGGUCAUACCCUCUCCAAAUGAUAAUGGGGACACUGCUGUUAGUACGACCACUGCCAGAGACAGGAAGUACAGUUCUGACUCCCACACAUCACGGUCAAUGUCCACCCCCGACGGAGGGCUCGAAAAUGGCACAAACAGAACGGAUGCUGACAAAGCAAACAUGGAGACAGAUUUCGUCCAUCCCGAUACAGAACAGAAUGCCAAGCCAACCUCGGAGGACUCGAGCGUGGUCAGUGACCACUCCGACAACAACAACUCAGAGGAGGCGCAGGGUAUUAAAUGUACAAACCUCCACAGUAGACUGUCAGGGAACUCCCGCAAACAGAAAUGUCCCAUGAGGCGGUACAGCGGAUCAGCUGCUUCCUCUAUGGUAGACCCGGACACAUCUACACAUGUCACUCAGAGCCUCCUAAAUGAAUCAGAUAGCAUCUACUCCGGGGACCAGAGCAUCGAAGAGUUCCAGGAUAUAAAUAGCAUCACUGGGAAACUCUAUCGAUGUGAACACUGCCGCAUUCUCUUCGAGGACUGCACACUUUAUCUCCUACACAACGGCUUUCACUCGCACGACGCAGAUCCAUUCAAGUGUGUUAUAUGUCGGUUGUCCUGCCGCGAUCGGAUCGAGUUCAAUUGUCAUCUGAUCAGCCACAUCAAAUAAGGGAAAAAUACAACGUUCAGGUUUGGUUUUAAAGGUGUUUCUUUUUGGUGUGACGAA